GCGACUAGGCCAAUUAUGGACAUCUUGGCUCUGCUGGACCAGGACAAAGCCCUCCCCUCCCCCGUCCACGAAGGCACUUCAGGCCCCUUAGUCCCACAUUGCACCCAGGAGAGAGCUGCCGCCACCAUCGCCCAGGCCAUGUCUUCGGUGAGCUCAUCCUCGUCCUCUUCCACCUUCCGCUCAGAGCACAUCAGCACCUACAGUCCUGGGAAGCCUCGCUUCGAACCUCUGCUGGACCCUCCCCAUGGGAUCUUCGGGGCUGGGAGAGCUCGAGAGUCCUACGGGUACUCGGGCUCACCCCCAUCAGCACACCCUUCUGCUCUGGGCAGCAGCAACGUGAUCGCCAGUGGCGACAAGUACCAGGUCAUGGCGGACGUCAGUCAGUUUGAGCCUCACGACAUCGUGGUGACCACCUACAACUAUUGCAUUGUCAUACAGGCAGAGAAGGUGGCCGAAGACGGCACUGUCUCCAACACCUUCACUCACAAGUGCCAGCUCCCGGCAGACAUGGAUCCUCUGUCCAUCAGCUGCUCCCUGAACGAUGCCGGCAUGUUGGUCAUCACUGCCAGGCGGCAAUUCCUGGCGCCACCUCCUGUCUUCCGCACGGAGGUCAAGCUUUAACAGUGCAUUUUGUCACAACCUGGGAAACAGGGCUCCUCCAUAAAACUACCUUGCCUUGG